CACAUAUUGCGUUUUAAUUGAGACACACCACAAAUAGAACAAAUAGCCCCCACCACCUACACCAAUGGAACCAAAGCUAAGCCAUCUUUGCUAUUGCCUUCUACUUCUUCCACUACUCUUCCAACACACCAUAGCCAAACCUUCAUCAUCACCAAACCCUAGCAACAGCAUCAACUUCAUUGUAUCUUCAUGCCGUACCACGCGUUACCCAACGCUCUGCUUCAAAUGCCUCGUGGCUUUCGCCAGCAAAAUCCGCUGCAAGGAAAACCGGCUAGCUCAAACCGCUUUAGCCGUUACUCUAGUUCGGGUUCGCUCCACAACGGUCUACGUAGCGAAGCUGACUAAAGCAAGAAGGAUCAAACGGAGAGAGUACUUAGCCGUGAAAGAUUGUGUUGAGACUCUUGGAGACGGUUUAGCGAUGUUGACUCAGUCGAUGAGGGAGAUGAAACAAGUGGGUCGAUCUGGUCGUAGUCAGGACGAGUUCUUGUGGCGGCUAAGUAACGUUGAGACUUGGGUUAGUGCUGCUUUGACGGAUGAGACAACGUGUCUUGAUGGGUUCGAUGGAAAGGUUAUGGACGGUGUGGUGAAAUCGGCGAUUAGAAGAAGAGUGGUUCAUGUGGCUCGAGUUACUAGUAAUGCCUUGGCUCUUGUAAACCGAUUUGCGGCUAGGCAUAAAUCAUAGUUUCGACUAAUAAAUUAAAGGAAUAUUCGGUCCUUAAUUAGGUUUUGUCAAAUCUUUCUUUUCUUGUUCUUCUGUUUAUGUUUUUGCAUUUUGGGAUCUUUAUGAUGGUUCCUUGUAUUUAUGUGUAGUCUUGUGCUUUAUGCUUUUAUCAUGGUUUUGACUCUAUUGAGUAGAGAUAAUUGGAUAUAUGGUUAAAAGAUGUGGCCAUCAAAAUUGGUUGUACUCCUACAUAUAAUUAAAUUAAGAUUUGAGAGUUAA